AUGGCCAAGGCUGACGCAUCCGACGCCGGUUCCUUUUCCGGCGCCAUGUUCACCUCCGACCGCCUCAACGAGCUUCACAUCAAAGACCACGUACCCGUCAUCCUCGACCUCGACUCGCCGUCCUACAACACAUGGCGCACCUACUUCGCGCUGAUGUUCCGCUCUUACCGUCUCAUCGAGCAUGUUGACGGGAGCGUCGACUUCCGCGACAUGAAGGACGACGACGAGUGGCUUGCUGUGGACGCCUGCAUCGUCAAGUGGCUCUUCCUCACCAUCUCCGGCGGCCUCUUCAACAAGGUGAACGCCCGCGAUUCAUCCGCGUAUGCUAUGUGGACGCGCCUUUGUCAUCUCUUCCUCGACAAUCAACUCCAGCACCGCGUUUUUCUUCAAGGGGAGUUCUUCACUAUGCAGCAAAACGAUCUUUCGAUCGAUGAGUACUGCACGCGGCUGAAGGUCCUCGCCGAUGAACUGCACAACGUCGGCAUGACCAUCGACGACUCCGUCCUCCUCACCAACCUCCUCCGCGGCCUCCACCCCGACCUUGGCCAGUCCGCCGCCAACCUCUCCCUCGUCACGCCGACGUACGCGAAGGCGGUCACUUAUCUCAGCAGGCGACCCACGCCGCCCUCCAUGUCGGUCUCGCCGCUGGCCACGGUGCUCCGCCAACUCCGCCAUCACCACGCGUGCCUCCUCCGACCCCGCCACCCGCGCCCACGCCCGCCGGUGGACGCAAGCAGAAGGGCCGCGGGGGUCGCGGCCGCAACACCAACACAGCGCCGCGCCCUCCUGCGGCAACCGCGGCCGCCCCUCCUCCGUCGUGGCUCUCGGGGUAUAAUCCCUGGACGGGGGUUGUGCAUGCUUACUCCAUGCCGAUUCCCCGCCCCCCCCCCCGCUCCAAGCAUCCUCGGGCCGCGGCCGUCUUCUCAUCAGGCGUUGCUGACCGCGCCGGCUCCCGCGGCAUACGGCAACGUCGCGGCCUACAGUGGCCCCUCGGCCUACGGUGGUCACCCAGGCUACGGCGCAUAUGGCGGCGCCCCUCCGGUCUACGACCCGGCGCUCCUCUCCGCCCUUCAUGCUGCACCCUCGCCAAGCACCUACAACGGAGGCGGCGAUUGGAGGCGUCUUGGCCGGGCCUUCUCCUGCUUCGCCCGCACCCACGUUGGAGGCGGCCUUGCCCGCCCCCGCGUCGCCUGCGGCCUCGCCUGCCGCCUCGUCCGUCUCGGCCGCGGCGUCAUCUUCGCCACCCGCGGCCUCGCCCGCGGUCCUGUUGCCGUCACCCGCGGUUGUCCCCACGGACUCCUCUUCGCCACCCGCGGCCUCGCCCGCGGUCCUGUUGCCGUCACCCGCGGUUGUCCCCACGGACUCCUCUUCGCCACCCGCGGCCUCGCCCGCGGUCUUGACGCCGCCGUCUGCGGUCUCGAUUGA